GCAUGAUUGUAAACUCAUAAUUACCAUACUCCCAUUGUGCUACGACUGUGUGUCAAAUCCGCAAUAAAACUUCUGGUUGAUCAUGUGUCCACAGAGCAUAGAACCAACCAAAUAAUGUUUUUGUUUUGUUCCUUUCUCCAAGACAACCCCACCACAAGUUUCUGAAUUUAUGGUGACUGUGUGGUUAAAGUGGAAGGGAAAACGGGGGAAAAAAAUCCCAAUUUUACACAAGUGCAGCACAAACAAAUGUCAGACUGGGGUUGGCACAAAUUACAGUUCUUAAGUGUGCCCGCUGUUUUGCAACAGGGAGUUGCUGUUAAAAUGGCAAGUGAUGCUAUUGCGUGAUCAGACUAGUUACAGGGACAGCUAUAGCACAACCGUGUUAGUAGAACUACAUAGAAAUAAUAAUACAUGUAGGUAUUAGUUCUAUGGUAGAACUAGGUGCAGUUACGCACGACUAGAUGCACUUGUUGCUUCUGACAGGCUGUUACGCACAUGCCCAUCGUGAAGUUUCCAUAGUCACACACGUGGGUACGAGUCAAGUUGCUAACAUUGCAGGCCAUGAGUGCAAUUUCUGAAUAAAACGAAACCCCUAUCUAUGGGCCUCUUUCAUCAGGUAGCUUAGUAGCCUACUGACGUCUGGAAAGGGAAAGUUUGACUGUAAUGCAGGCAGAGCAGAACAACCAAAUGGCUACUGGUCUCUCACUCUUCAUUCUAACAUAUUGCAGGCAAGAGGUACCUCGGAAAUGGUACCGUUUGCCGACUUGUGCACCUAUAAUUUAAUUGGCAGUGGUGAGAAUUUCUUGAAAUAGGUGGCGACUACCAAAGGAAUGAGAAGAUGGAGGAAAACGUGAGGAAUAUGCGCCUGAAAGAAUGGCUCAUUGCGCAGAUAGACAGCGGAAGAUACAUUGGUUUAAGUUGGGAAAACCAAGAGAAAACAAUGUUCAGAAUUCCCUGGAAGCAUGCAGCCAAACAGGAUUACAGGCAAAACGAAGACGCCGCACUUUUCAAGGCAUGGGCCAUAUACAAGGGGAAAUUUCGAGAGGGGAGAGACAAAGCAGACCCCUCUGUGUGGAAGACACGUCUGCGCUGUGCCCUCAACAAGAGCACAGACUUCCAAGAGGUUCCCGACCGAAGUCAGCUGGAUAUCUCUGAGCCUUACAAAGUCUAUUUGAUCCUGCCUGAGAACAGCGAUUCUGCAGAGUCUCCGGGGAACUCUGUGAUCAUGCAGGGGGCCCAUCCCAGCGGUAGGGCCGCAGGUGUUCAUCAAAACCUUCCCCAGUUUGUUAGUGGGGAAUCCAACAGAAUGGUUGGUGUAUCGCCUAGGAUUCAGGCUCCGCCUCCAUCUACAGUGCCAGAGAGAGUGGCGAAGGAAGAGCCACUCCAGCAUGGAGCUGUGGUGCAGCCAAGGAAAGCUGUUGGCAGAGCGCUCCACCCAAAAGAGUUUCAGAUCUCAGAUUUCCGUCUGCAGGUGCGCGUGUUCUACCAGGGCCUGAUGGUGGACGAGGUCCUCAGCCCUUCCCAAGAUGGCUGCUUCAUCCUGCACGGCGCGGCCCCCGUGGGCAACGAGCGCAUCUACGGGCCCUGUGCCGCCGAGCGCCUCUUCUUCCCGCCCGUGGACGCCUACUCACUGGCGCCCAGCAUCGCCGACGCCAUGCACCGGCUGCUGCCGCACCUGGAGCGCGGCGUGCUGGUGUGGGUGGCGCCCGACGGAGUGUUCAUCAAGCGCUUCUGCCAGGGCCGCGUGUACUGGGGGGGCCCCAUGGCAGAGCACAGGGACCAGCCCAACAAGCUAGAGAGGGAGAGGACCUGCAAACUGCUGGACAUGCCCAUCUUUCUGCAAGAGUUGGAGCGCUUCCUGCGUGGCGAGGGCCCACAGCCUAAUUACGAGAUCAACCUUUGCUUUGGUGAGGAGUUUCCUGAGCCGGGGGUUCCACAAAGCAAGAAGCUGAUAACAGCACAGGUGGUGCCUCUGUUUGCCCAUGAGCUUCUUCUGCGGUUGCCCUCGUCAGGUGCCGGGCCAUCACACCAGCCCCUCACCCACACACACACCCACGCACACGCACACGCAUACGCACAUGCACACACACACGGACACAGCUCACAGCACACUGACCCCCGCCCCAGUGCAUGACAUCCACCAGGAUCGCCCGUGCAUUCACCCGAGACAAUAUCAUGGCAACUAACUGUAUGUACUGUGUCACAUCUCAUACAGGCAACUUCCCAAACUACAUACCUCAGCAGAAAAGCACAUAUUGUGGGGAGAAAAAAAGCAGAUAUAAAUGUGGGAGAAGGUUUGUUGAGGACUGUAGGGGCUAUUUAUGGUUUUAGAAAUGUGCAGCUAUACUGUGGAAUCAUUAACCAGUGAACUCCAAUCCAGUCAAUUAAUUACUAAUCUAACACCUUUGCAUUUUCUUUACCAAGUGAAAGUGAAGAAUGGUAUUACGGUAUCUGUGAGCCUUUUGUGUUAAUUCUUUGCCAGUAAAGUUUUAAGCAUAUAAUUACCUGCUUUGAAUGUAAUGGUAGCUUGAGGAACUGCUGCUUCUUUUAUGCCACUUCAUCCUUAUGAUGCGAUAAGAAUAGUGUUACUGUGAUCAAAGAAUAUAAGGCUACUUAUUCAAAACCUGCACUGACCUCUGAUCUCCUUUUUUGUGUAGUCUCUGCUGUCAUUCUCUUUUAAGGUCCAAAGGAAUAUCUGUUAAUCCACAACAUUGUUACAUUUUGUCAGCAAACUAAAAGCUUUUUCAUCCAGAACUGACUUACAUAGUCAUAUUCUGGAAGACCUUGGCAAUAAUAACGUGAAAAUAAAGUGAAGGAAAGAGUUAUUUUUCCGUUAAGUUCUGUGCACACAACUUUACAAAAACAAAAUGGCCUCAGCGACCCCUGCGACCUCAGUGUUAAACUAAU